AUGGCAAAACUAAAUAAUUUCCUUUCAUCUGAUGCUUAUAAAAAACUAUUCGAAAAUAAAUACAUAAUUUUUUUGAUAAAAAAAUCCCUUAAUUUAAGAAAAAGUCUUGCUUAAACCAAUAAAAAACUAGAAUUCUACUUAUCAAGCAAGUCAUCAAAACCACUUCACCAAGUCUCCAGAUCAAUAAAUCCCAAGUAUAAUAAAAUAGACAAGCUUGAUGACGUGACUAGAUAUAACAGUGCAAAUUACAAUGUUAACCUAUAUCAAAACUACCCUAACAGAUGUGGAACCCCUAUUAAGUCUAGCAGAAAACACCAUAAGCCAGGCUAUAAAUUUGACAUUUCCCCUAAAGUAUCCUGGAUUCACCAUUUUUCCUCUAUUUUCCUAUUUUCGCAAUUAAAAAUAAAAAAUUAUAAAUAAAAACCCCAAUUAGCCAUAAGACUUGUAAGAGACCUAUUUGAUGAGAGCUUCUCUAUCAGCCCUGAGAAGAAAAAAGAGCUGUUUAUCAAAGCAGUUGAAGCACCCUUACGUGCAUCCUCAGCCCAGCCCAAAAUUUUGUGCCACAAAGGAGGUGCAGGCCGCGCUGUCAUGAACGAUUUUCAUAUUCGUGAAACAAACCCUGGGUUCGCUCGCAAUGCAUUAGGAGGAUAUUAUACUCGAUAA